AUGUCACUGCUACUUAUCUCUCUCAAAUAUCUUCUAGGAAAAAGCGAUGAGAAAUUUGUGAGAAAACGUCUUAAGAGAAUCAUUUCUGCAAGUGUCACAAGAGCAAAUGUCAUCCGAAGAAAUGGUUGGUAUCAAAGCUGCCGAAGCAAUUUCAGUGAUCUGAGAAUACCACACGAAGUUUAUAGUUGAAAGGCAGCACAAUUUCUGAGAUUAGUGGACAGAUUGAGUGAUUUUUUUGAAUCUUUUAGCUCUUGUAAAAAUUUAAGAUAUGGUAUGAACAUGAAAUAG